CAAAACUGUCAUUAUGUAUGAGAGACUGCUAGGAGUGGACCACUGCAGCUCUAUAUCAGCCUAUUUCCAUUUGGCUUAGUAUUGCUGUGGGGCUGAGAGGAAUGUUGUGGCGUUGAGAUUACUGUAUAGAGUUAGGUAUCUAAUAAUGUUAACACAUGGUGAGGAUCAUCCUGAAAUGUCUAAUGUUGAUUUUUACAUUGGUUUACUACUGAGUAAUGCUGGUCAUUAUGAAGAAAGUCAGGCAUAUCUGGAAAGUGCUCUUAGAUUACAAAACAAGUUUCAUGGAAGUCAAUCAAUUACUGUAGCCACAAUUCAUCAUCUUCUUGCCAACUUAUUGACUCACAUUGGAGCAUUUGCUGAAGCUAAGCAAAAUAAGAGAAAAGCAUACAAUAUCUAUAGGACUAAAUUUGGCCCAGAUCAUGCACGUACUGUUCAGUCUUUUAAAAAACGUGAGGUAUAUCACUGAGAAGCAAGUCUCUUAUGAUCAGACAGUUGCCUAAAUUUCCUUGCCAGUUAUUUGAGUGUUACAUCAUCUAAUCGUUUAGCAGUGCAAAGUCAUCAUUAACUGUGAGUUAGUAGUAACUGGUAAUGAUUAAAGUAUGCAUGUACAUUUAUAGAUUCUGCUUCUACAUGUACAUGUACAAGAUUGUUAGUUAUUUUCAGUUUUAAUAACACUCCUGCCAUUCUCACACCUAGCAUUUAAUACAGUUA